GCCUUAACCUAUUUACUAACGGUAAUGUAAUCAAAAAUCAAGAAAUAACAAUAUACAAGAGUUUCUUUCACAGCUUACAAUAUAAAGAGACCGCGUGUGGUCUCGAUAAGUUGCGCUUUGUUCCAUCUAGGUUAAUUAACUUCUAAGUAAGAGCAACAGAGUGAUCAAAUGGCGAAUCUUAUUUCGUUUCAUGAUGUGGCUAAACAUAAGUGCAAGAAUGAUUGUUGGAUUCUCAUCCACGGAAAGGUCUAUGACAUCAGCAGUUUCAUUGACGAACAUCCUGGCGGUGACAAUGUUCUACUCGCCGUCACCGGAAAGGACGCGUCGACUGAUUUCGACGAUGUGAAUCAUAGCAAUGAAGCAAAAGAAACGAUGAAGAAAUAUUGUAUCGGUGACGUUGACAAGUCAACGGUUCCGGUGACGGCGAAGUAUAUUCCGCCGUGGGAGAAAGAAUCUACGGCUGAAACCACAAAAGAAGAAACUGGAAACAAGAUGCUUGUAUACUUGAUUCCUCUCUUGAUUCUCGGCGUUGCUUUCUUUCUCAGAUUCUACAACAACAAGCUAGCAGACAAGUUAAAAGAUUGAUGUUGGAAAGAAACAUCCAUCACAUAGUUUCAUAUUGUUGUAAUAGUAUUAUUUUGGUCUUGUGCGUUCGUAAUAACAAUGGGUUUCUUAUUCAAAAAGUUGGCCCGUGAAUGGGAGUUCAAGCUUUUA